AUACCACGUUAUUUUCUUGUUAUCGAAUGUGACGGGGCUACUUUUUCUACGCCACUAUCCUCUCAUCAUUCAAAACGAUGAAGAAUUGUCUAACAGCAAGCCGUUCCCUUGUAUUCAGGGGUAGAAUAUUGUUCACGAUGAAUAGAAAUAUGAUUGAAAGACAGCUGCAUCCUUUGUCUACAAAUACCUCAACGGUAGACUUAAGAAGUGAUACGGUUACGACACCAACACAGGAAAUGUAUGAUGCCAUGAUUAGUUCGCCUGUAGGAGAUGACGUUUUUAAAGAAGAUCCAACAGUUACAAAGUUGCAAGAAAAAUGCGCUAAAUUAUUUGGUAAAGAUGCUGCGCUGUUUGUUCCUUCUGGAACGAUGGGUAACCUUAUUUCAGUUAUGGCACAUUGCCAGUCUAGAUUAUUAGAAGCUAUUGUAGGCAGCCAGUCUCACAUUUUAUUGUACGAAGUAGGCGGCCUUGCGCAUUUUGGUGGAGUACAGUUACGUUCCGUCCAUAACAAAGCUGACGGAACUUUUGAUUUAGAUGAAGCAUCCGGCAUAAUUAGAAAUAAAGAUGAUAUUCACCAACCUAGCACAGCACUAAUUUGUCUCGAAAAUACACACAAUAAAUGUGGUGGUAAAGUUCUUCCAAUAAGUUUUUUAGAACAGGUACAAGAAUUUGCCAAAAAACACGAUCUUAAAUGUCAUAUGGAUGGAGCGAGAUUAUUGAACGCUGCCAUCUACAUGGAUCGUGACCCGGCAGAUAUUUUACAGUAUGUCGAUUCGGUCAGUCUCUGCUUUUCUAAGGGUCUAUCUUGUCCAGUUGGUUCUAUAAUAGCUGGCACCCAUGAUUUUAUUUCAAGAGCCCGAUGGCUUCGUAAAGCUUUAGGAGGUGGAAUGAGACAAAUAGGUGUUUUAGCUGGACCCGCCAUAGUUGGAUUAGACACGAUAUAUCCUAAAUUAUAUCUAGAUCACCAAAGAACCAAACAAAUAGCAACAGCUAUACAUGAAAACAGUUGUGAGGUAGUGGAGGUAGAUUUAGAUGGGAUCCAUACAAACAUUUUGAUGGUUCAUAUGACCAAAUCAAAUUUUGAUGCUGCUAUGUUUUGUAAUCGUUUAGCCAAAGUAACAGACGAAGAAAGACAAAUAUUAGAAGAAGAUAUAUGCAUACUUGGUCUACCGUUUUCUAAUAAAACAGCAAGAUUGGUACUUCAUCAUAACAUUGAUCAAAAUAAAGUUGAUAAAACAAUCAAAAAACUGAAAUAUGUACUAAAAGAAAUGGCUGAUAAAAAUAAUUUAUAAUAUAGUAGCAGAGAUUUAUGAUAUAAUAGCAGAGCUGUUCUAUUAAUAAAAUACCUAAUAAUAUAACAAUGAUUUGACAUAUAUCAAAAUGAAGACGUGAAGGUGGAUAGUGUUGUUAACUGGACUUAUUUCACUAUUUUUUAAAAAAUGUAUUAAUCGACCGUAAAAUAUACACAGGCUUUGUAACUUUU